CUAAUCAUCACCAUCAGCAUUCACUUCACUCUCAUCUCACUCACUCAUCAACACUCAAACAGCAACCACUUAAUCUCUUCACCAACCGCCAUCAUGCAAUUCAAGACUCUCUUCACUGCUUCUCUCCUCAGCGGCCUCACUGUCGCCGCCCCCGAGCCCAAGACCUUUGGUCUCGUCGCUCUCCGCUCAGGCAGCCCUUUCCACCUCUCCAGCGUCAGCGCCUCUGAGAGCGGCUUCUCGCUUCUCCUCCCCAAGGGCAAGCAGGGUGCCAAGUGCGCCGACAACAAGAAGGAGGACUUUGCUACUUUCCGCAUCAGCAAGGACAAGAAGCUCGUCCUCUACCACAAGGGCAAGGAGCAGCAGAUUGCCUACACUGACCGAUCCGGCAUGGGCCAAGGUGUUCUCCAGUACACUGGCCAGAAGAACUACCCUCGCAACGCCGAGACUGAGGGCUGGAAGGUCGACAAGGACGGCAACCUCGUCUUUGGCAGCAACAACGCUGGCUUCAUGGCCUGCCCUGGUCUCAAGUCCACUGACCCCUGGAGCAUCUGGGUCGCCACCGGUACCGACCACCCCGGUAACAGCGAGAAGGAGUGCUACAGCUUCAGCGCCCGCGUCGCUGAGACCAAGAAGCCUGUUAGCUGCAUCUACUCCCAGUACAGCAACUAAGCGAUAGAGUUUGCACUGUACAUAAGACUUGUUUUAGACAUGAUUUAUUAUUUUAGAUUUUAGUUCUCCUGUAUAUACAUUGAUUAAUUACUUCUCUCAUUUCUUUAUA